AUGGACAAAAAGAUUUACGAUAAGACUGACCAAUUUUUCGGCUCCUACACUUCUUCAGAGUCUAACAAUAGAUGUUUCGAUUGUAAGAGUGCAGCCCCUCAAUGGGCAUCAAUUACUCAUGGUAUUCUAAUAUGCUUCGUUUGUACAUCAGAGCAUAGACAACUAGGCACUACCAUUAGUUAGGUCAGGUCGAUAAAUCUAGAUAUCUGGACAGAAAAGCAUAUUGCUAUGAUGAAAGUAGGGGGUAAUCAGCAAUUCAAAGAAUUUCUAGAGAAGUAUAAUCUUGAAACAGAAAAGCCAAAGAUUAAGUACAUGACUAAAGCUGCCAACUUUUAUAGAAGGAAACUUGCUUCAAUGGCUACUAAUACUGUGUUUAGUGAAGAUGAUCCAGAUUAUGAUGACGGCAGAUUGAUGACUGACGGUUCAUCAGUGCCAACUAGAUCGCCUUAAGAUGCUGCUAACACUUAAGAUUAGAUAGAAGAGGAAUUGAAGGAUAUUGAUGUGUAAAUGAUGGAUAACUAAAAUAAUGGAAGUGAAUAGUAAACAAAAGAAGGCCAUUAAAGCUCAUCCACUGCUAACUAGUACUUCUCAGCUUUUAAAUCCAAAGCUGGUUCACUAUUUGACAAGAUGGCAUCCUCUAAUGUAAUCUAAAAGGCUUCAACUUCUGCUAAAGAGAUGUAUUAGAAAGCAGGAACUGUUGCUAAGGAAACUGGAACUAAAGUAAAGACCAAGUUUGAUGAAUCAGGCGUAACAAAUGUGGCUUCAUAAACUGCUGGAAAAAUUGCAACUGGAGGGAAAUUUGUCGGAGGAUAUAUUGUUGACAAGGCAAAGGUAGCAAAGAAUGCAGUAGGAGAAAAAAUUGAUAAUAACCCUAAAUUGAGUAGUGCUAGUCAAGCUGCCAAAGAAAAAGUAGGAGUAAUUGGCAAUGCUAUUUCUGGAAUGUUUGGAAAAUUCAAAUCACAAAAGAGAGAUCAGCCCUUACCUUAUGAAGAAAUUCAACAGCAGAACAAUAUUGGCAGUGAUUCAACUUAAAAUAGCAGUGUGAAUAAUAGCAACAAUAAAGAAUAAGAGUUUGAAAUGUACGAUGAUAAAGAUAACUAGCCUAAUGCAAAAGAGGACGAUCAAAAUAAGAUAAGAAUUUGA